UUUAAUAAAAUGAAGACACCAACGUUUGAACUUUGAAUUUGAGGAGUUCUUUUCUUUGUUCUCUCUGUUCUUUUCCACUCUCCCUCACAUACAUACAUAUAUCAGUUGUCAGAUAUCUAUAUCUAUAUCUAUAUCUAUAUAUAAAAUAUUAUAUAUUGGAUCGUUCAAAGUAAUUAAACUAAUUAGCUUCAACCCUUCAACUUGUGAUUCUCUCCAAGAUUUCUGGGUUUCUGCCAUUGUUUCAGUACCUCCCAAAGGUGAUCAAAAUCUUUCACAAGAACUCUUCUUGGGGGAAAAAGUGACUGAUAAAAUGCCUCAGCUAAUCAACUCUAAUUCAAUUUUCACUUCUCCUUCCAAGAAUCUCAAAGGUUUAAAGGCUUUACUCUCUAACAAUGUUGAGCCUUCAAACACUGAUGAUGUCUUCAAUGAAAAUGAAUUAGCUCAAAGAAAAGCUGAAGAAGCAGCUUCAAGGAGGUACCAAGCAGCAGAAUGGUUGAGACAGAUGGACCAAGGUGCAUCAGAAACCCUGCCCAAAGAACCCUCUGAAGAAGAAUUUUGCCUUGCACUUCGAAAUGGGCUCAUCCUUUGCAAUGUCCUUAACAAAGUCAAUCCUGGAGCUGUUCUUAAGAUAGUGGAAAAUCCAAUAAUCCCAGACCAGUCAACAGAAGGAGCAGCACAAUCUGCUAUUCAGUAUUUUGAAAACAUGAGGAAUUUCUUGGUAGCUGUGAAAGAUAUGCAGCUCUUGACCUUUGAAGCUUCUGAUGUUGAAAAGGGUGGUUCAAUGACUAAAGUUGUGGACUGCAUUCUAUGUCUGAAAGGAUAUUAUGAAUGGAAGCAAGCAGGAGGAAUUGGAGUUUGGAGAUAUGGAGGAACUGUAAAGAUUACGGCCUUCCCAAAAGGGUCACUACCUUCCUUGAUUGGAAGUGAAAGUGCCGAUGAUUCUCUGGAUGGGUCAGAAUCAUCGCAAUAUGAACAAUUAUUGGAGUUUCUCCAUCUCUCUAAUGAAGUCACAAUUGAGGAGUCCAAAACUGCCAAUGCUCUAGCUUUUCUUUUUGAUCGCUUUGGUCUUUGGCUUCUACAAGCUUACCUUAGAGACAGCAAUGGGAUUGAAGAAUUCCCCUUGAAUGCAAUGUUAGUAGAUACAUUAAUCAGUAAGAUCGUGAAGGACUUCUCAACAUUGCUUGUUUACCAAGGAACACAGCUUGGGCUGUUUCUGAAGAAACUCUUGAAAGCUGACAUGAAUUCUCUAUCGAAAUCCAAUUUUAUAGAAGCCAUCUCACUAUAUCUCGGUCAAAAGACUAGCCUGGCAUCAAAUGAUGUCUCCAAGUUCUGCAUCUGUGGUGGGAAACGAGACAUUGUUCGCCAUAGCGUUAGUCAUUCUGCUGUUAAUGCAGACCUUCUUGAUCUUCAGCAGAGAGAAAUACAGGACAUCAAGUUAGAUUUUCAACAAACAAAGCUUGAAGUCAAACAGAUUCAUUCAAAUUGGGAGGAAGAACUUAAGAGACUAGUGCAUCAUAUCAAGGGUCUCGAAGUGGCAUCCUCUUCUUAUCACAAGGUAUUAGAAGAAAAUCGUAUGCUUUACAAUCAAGUCCAAGACCUCAAAGGAACGAUACGAGUUUACUGUCGAGUGAGGCCCUUUUUGCAAGGCCAAACAAACGGACAAUCAACUGUGGAUUACAUAGGAGAAAAUGGAAACAUCAUGAUUGUCAAUCCUUUAAAGCAGGGCAAAGAUGCAAGAAAAGUAUUCUCUUUUAACAAAGUGUUUGGACCAACCAUCUCACAAGAACAAAUAUAUGUCGACACUCAAUCGCUGGUCAGAUCUGUAUUAGACGGCUUUAACGUUUGCAUCUUUGCAUACGGACAAACUGGCUCAGGAAAGACAUAUACAAUGAGUGGACCGGAUUUGACUACCGAGCAAACGUGGGGUGUAAACUACCGUGCUCUAAAUGACCUGUUUCAAAUAUCCAAGGAGAGAGCAGAUUUUGUUAAAUAUGAAGUUGGUGUGCAAAUGAUUGAAAUAUACAAUGAACAAGUGAGAGAUUUAUUAGUCAUGGAUGGCUCGAAUAGAAGAUAUCCUUCACAUUUACUUCUUGUUUAUAUAGUUGAACUGUAUAACUUUAUUGAAUCUGGCACACGGUUCACCUUAACAACCCAUACAUUGGAUAUUCGGAACAAUUCUCAGUUGAAUGGCCUAAAUGUGCCUGAUGCAAGUUGGGUUCCAGUUUCAAGUACUCAAGAUGUUCUUGAACUGAUGAGAACAGGUCAAAAGAAUCGUGCUGUAGGUGCUACGGCUUUAAACGAGCGAAGUAGCCGUUCUCACAGUGUUUUGACUAUUCAUGUGUAUGGUAAAGAGUUGGUUUCUGGAUCUAUUCUCAAAGGUUGCCUGCAUUUGGUGGAUUUGGCUGGGAGCGAGAGAGUGGAUAAGUCUGAGGCAGUAGGUGACAGAUUGAAGGAAGCUCAACACAUAAAUAAAUCACUCUCGGCACUAGGAGAUGUCAUCUCAGCACUUGCACAAAAGAGUGCACAUAUUCCUUACAGAAAUAGCAAGCUUACUCAAGUAUUACAAUAUUCUUUAGGUGGUCAAGCUAAAACAUUAAUGUUUGUACACAUAAGUCCUGAAGUCAAUUCCAUUGGAGAGACAGUAAGCACACUGAAGUUUGCUGAGAGGGUUGCUUCCAUAGAACUCGGGGCAGCUAAAUCGAACAAGGAAACCAGUGAAAUCCGAGAACUUAAAGAAGAGAUAUCAAAUCUUAAACUUGCAUUGGAAAAGAAAGAAGCAGAAGUAGAACAACUGAAAGGUGGAAAUGCUCGAAGCGCGACUGAAUCUCAACGAGCAAGAGCGGUUUCACCUUUCCAUAUUCCAAGACGUAAGCCUGAAUCAUCUCCGAGACGUGGUGAUGAUAAUAGAAUCACAGAGGCUAGAAGCUGUUCUUUGGGUAAGCAAAGGAGGUCAAGAUUUCCAUCCGUGUUUGCAGACAAGGAGACGUUUCCUAAGAUGCCUAUUCUAGCUGAAGAGAGAUUACCGAGUGUAGUAAAUGCAAGGUCACCGUCUCCUCCUGUUCGGAGGUCCUUAUCCACUGAUAGAGGAGCCUUAAUUAGAAGCAGGAUCAAGGCUGACACAGUUGAAAAUCAACCAGUCUCAAAAGUACCAUUUCCGGCUAGAGUACCGGUUAACAAAUCCUUAGCCAGUACAACCGUGACCCCAUCAGCAGAUAGCAACUCCUCCAGGGUUCAUGUAAGUUCUCAAGAGAUUUCCAAACAAGAUAGCAUCUCUGAUAAACUUAGCAUGAAGAAACUGCAUCAGGAACACGAAGAAGAGCAGUUUAGGCAAGCCCUUAAUGUUAGACAAGGUGGAAUUAGGAAAAGCAAGGCUGAGAGCAAAGCUAAAAUGAAGCACCAACUGCCUACAAGACUUCAUAAAACCGAUGCAGCAGUCACAUUGCUUUCUGAAAUAGAUACAGGUGAGAAAAUAGAGGAGCCUCGAAAAAGCGACUUCUCCGAGACAGAAAAUGAGAAUACACUCAUUGGCUCUCUUACAUCCAGCGCGUUGAAGACGAAGAGGUUUCGACAGAACAUCACCAGGAAUUCACAGAAUGUUGAACCAAGGGGCUCAGUGCAAGCAGUAGAACCUUUUUUGGGAGAGAAAAACCGACAAGCAAAGGAUGGAAGUAAAACUUUGAUGCCUGAAUUUCGAAGGAGCCGGUCAUCACCUCGUGGGAAAUUUUUGGUUUUGCCUUGAUGAUACUACAGUAUAUAGGGGAAUUAAAUUCUUGGACUUCGAUAUAUUUUUAAAGGUUUUGUACAGUAAGUACUGAGGUUGGUGUUUCCAAAUUCCAGGUUGCAUUUGCUGAUCAAGAUAUGUCAUUGAAGCUGAUUAUAUGUACACUUAAAAACAUACAUAUCUAUAUAUGAUUUGUUUUACUUGAGAGAA